AUGCCGCCGGCAAAAGCUCGCCCUCACGAUCCCGACGCGCGCUCUGACGCCCCCACGAAGGACAAGCACUCGGCCGCCUCCCACACCUCCCACGCGCGCGGUCGCAGGACUGGCGGGCCCGCCCAUCUUACGAACGGAAGCCAUCUGAAAGAAGUGCUCUCUGCCGCCGCCGAUGCGACAAAUGCAGCAAAUCGUAAUGGUGGACAGACCGCCCACACUGGCUCAACUGGAGGAGUAAGCUUCGCCCUCCUACCCCCGGCUCUUCCCAUCCCGCCCAAGUCCAGCUUGCUCACGCAUCCCCGGUGCAUCGCGCAGAUCUCCUGGGUAUCCGAAGACCUUUCCCUGCUCCAGGACUACCGUUCGUCGCACCGCCUCGAAGCGCCGUCUGCCUUCAAAAAUCCCUUAGGCCACGCGAUCCUAGGGAGAGGCAUCGGCAAGUACUCGCCCACGAUGGUGCGCAAGAAGAACGAACGACGCAUAUCGAAGGAGCAACUGGCCACAGCAGUGCGCAAAAACUUCAACGCUCUCGCUGUGAGCGAGUCUGAGGUUAUUGUGGACCUCCUUUACAAGCUCUUCCACGCCACCGCAAUCCAUCUCGCAACGAAAGACCCGUACUCAGUUCUCGGCGUCGACAAGAACGCAUCCGCAUCGGAGAUCAAGAAGGCAUACUAUGGCCUCGCGAAGAAGUACCACCCGGACACGAACAAGGACGCCGGCGCCAAAGACAAGUUCGCCGAAGCGCAGUCCGCGUACGAGCUGCUGUCGGAUGCGGAGAAGAAGAAAGCCUACGACACGUACGGCUCGGCCGCAUUCGACGGCGGUGCCAGUGGCUUUGGCGGCGCGGGUGCUGGGCCUGGUGGGCCCGGCGGUAGCCCGUUCGGCGGCUUCGGCUUCGGUGGAGGCGCUGGCGGAUUUGGCGCUGACUUCAACUUUGAAGAUAUUUUCGGAGCGUUUGCAGGAGCAGGAGCUAGGAGGGGUGGACGCGCGCGUGGCGCGCGGGGUCCUUUCCAAGAGGAGAUCCUCGUGGGCGAUAACAUCGAGGUGCAGACGAACAUCAGUUUCAUGGAUGCGGCGAAGGGCACGACCAAGGAGAUUUUCAUCACCCCAUUGGUUCAGUGCAAUAGCUGCAAGGGUUCAGGCUUGAAGAAGGGCACGAAGAAAUCGAAUUGCCAGGUUUGCCAGGGUUCAGGCCAGAGAGUCAUAAACAUGGGCGGUUUCCACAUGGCGACGGCUUGUACGGCAUGUGGCGGAGCGGGCGUUUCAGUUCCUCAUGGCUCGGAGUGCUCGACUUGCGAUGGAGCGGGAGCGGUGAGGGACAGAAAGACGGUGACGGUGGACAUCCCGGGAGGAGUGGAGGAUGGCAUGAGGUUGCGCGUUUCCGGAGAAGGCGAUGCACCAGUCAGUGGCGGUACGGUAUCAGACAAACCGCGGACUCAAAACGGUGAUCUGUACGUCUUUAUCAGGGUGGCGGCCGAUCCCAAGUUUCAGCGCAGCGGCUCCGACGUCCUGUACACGGCUACCGUACCACUCACGACGGCUGUUCUCGGCGGAGAAAUCCGGAUUCCCACACUGGAUGGAGAUGUCAAGGUCAAGGUUCCCACCGGCACGGGCACCGGCGACAAAAUCACUCUUGGCGGCAUGGGCAUGAAAAAGCUGAACAGUCGGAAGGGCAUGAAGGGUGAUCUGCGUGUGGAGUUCAAGGUCCAAAUGCCGAAGUACCUAAGCGCCAACCAGCGGACUAUCCUGGAAAUGCUCGCGGACGAGAUGGGUGACCAGAAUGCUAAGAGAGUCAUGAACCUUGGGAGCAUGAACCAGGAGACGAAGGACAAGAUUGACGAGGUGGAGAAGAACAAGCACCGGAACGAGGGAUUCCUCAAGAGCGCAUGGCACAACCUGACGGGUCAGCAUAAGGAGCUGGACAAGGAUUCGAAGGACAACAAAUCGGACGACGAGCAGAAGAAGGCAUCCGGCUCGGGCUGA